CACAUGAAAAAUCUUCCGUGUGGUCUCCUGAGAGCGAACCCAGCACCAAACUGAAGGUUAGCUUACGCAAAUGUGAAAUAUUUUAAAACACCAAAGAGAGAAACUUCGUGUUGAUACGAGAAGAGGGAUGUUGCGGCGUCCCAAGCCAACUGACUCUGAGGCAGACCUCUUAAGAGAGCAGGAGAGCUUUCUGACCUCUGGGGCCCCGUCUGCUGCCAGCGUGGUCCGCCGACCUGACAAGAGGAGAGGAGAGGCUGGAGGAGACGCAGAGGAGCAUAACGAGGAGAACGAACAAAGAGACAGGGAUGUCGUCACCAUAGAGGAUCUUCCAGACCAGCUCCCAUCUCUGACGCCAGCCCCUCCUAAGAAGUCUCGCUUUAAAGCCAGUCGUGUCACUUUCGAGGAUGAGGAUGCUGGUGAGAGGCUGGACAGACAUGACACUCACGUCAGCGCUGUUCUCUCCAGGAUCGUUGAGAGAGACACCAGCUCUACUCCAGUAUCUCUACCAGCGUUUACAGGCAUGGCUUUCCCCAAAGUAUUGCACCGCUCAGAAACCAGCAGUAAGGUGCCACUGUCUUCAGCUGGUGGGAAGAAGAGUAUUUUUGCACGUCAGAUUGCAGCUCAGAGACUGAAGGAGGGAAAGACGCCAUUACAUUGUGCACCUGAAGCUCCUGAGACCAGCAUGGAUACAGAUCAGUGUGGCGCUGCAGACAGUCCAGUCUCAGGUCCCAGCCUGCUGUCUGGUCAGGGGCUCGGGGGUCCAGAUAGAUCAGGAGAGGCCAUGAGGAUCCACAGGGAGAACCAGGCUAAACUCCAGGCCAUGUCUCGCUCUGAGAUACUGCAGGAGCAGAAGAAACUCUUAACUCAGCUCGAUCCGAGACUGGUGGAGUUUGUAAGGUCUCGCAAAGCCCAAAGCGUCUCGUCCUCUGCCUCCGCAUCCAAACAACCCCGGGGCGAAAGCAGCGAGGACAAUUUUCCUCUUGAAAAUGUGAGCAGAGAGUCAGAGUCCUCCGGUGCUGCUGCGCUGUUUCAGAGACCCGAAGAAGUAGAGAUGGAAGGAGAGGAGGAGGAAGAGACACCACCACCUGCUGUCACGGAGGAGGAUCUGCCGGUGAAGCCUCAGAAGGAAUGGGUCCACAUGGAUAAACUGGAGCCAGAGAAGCUGGAGUGGAUGACAAACUUGCCUGCACCCAGAAAGAAAGGGACCAAGCAGGCCAUGCAGGCUCGGUUUGACUUCGCUGGAGCCUUGAUUCCACCCAACGAGGAUCUGCCGACCCAUUUAGGCCUGCACCACCAUGGAGAGGAGCCUGAGCGGGCAGGUUAUUCCCUGCAGGAACUCUUCCUGCUGUCCCGGAGUCAGCUCAACCAGCAGAGGACUCUGGCUCUCAGCACUCUGGCCAGCGUCAUCUCAAAGGCCCGUGCCGGGGGGUACCAGUCCGUUCUGAAAGGCAGCAUGCUGUCCACUCUGCUCGAUGCCGGCCUGCUCUUCCUGCUCCGCUUUGCACUGGACGACGGCGUGGAGGGAGUGAUGUCUGCAGCUGUGCAAGCUCUUAAAGCACUCCUUGUGUGUGCAGAGGAUGAAGAGUGUUUGGACUGCACCUUCUCCUGGUUUCGCGGCUUGGCCUCCUUCCCUCUGCUGCCAUCUGCUCAGGAGGAGGAGGAAGAGGAGGAUGAAGGUCUGCCUGAAUGUAUGAAGGAGACGGCGAAAGAGAAGGAGGAGAGGAAGAGCGACCACGAUGUGGCCCUGCAGGAUGUCGUCAAGGGUCUGUUAAAGAUGAAACUGCUCCCGAGGCUGCGUUACAUCCUGGAGGUGGUUCGACCUUCUCCUCCAGUGGUCCAGGACGUCCUGGAGAUCCUUGCUCGAAUCGCUCGGCACUCCUCCCUGUCUGCCACCCAGGUGCUUGACUGUCCUCGCUUGAUGGCGACAGUGUUGUCAGAAUUCCUCCCCACCUCCUGGACAGCACCAUCAUCGCCUCUUCCUCAGUCUGUUUACGGCCUCCCGCUGGCCAGCGCCAUGAAGCUGCUCAGAGUAUUGGCCACUUCUGGCAGACACGCCUGUGCCAGACUGUUCAACUCUCUGGGCGUGAGGGAGCGUCUGCCUUGUCUGCUGAGUGCUGAGCCCAGCGAGCUGCUGCUGGCACCGACCGAGGCCCUCAGGAUCACCACCGAGGCCUACAGGCUGUGGGCUGUGGCAGCCGGUUAUGGACAGGCAUGCCAAUUAUAUAUAGACCUGUAUCCAGGCUUGGCAAAGGCGUUACAGUCAGUCCACAGAGUCCUGGCCCCCUCAGAUCCUCUGUUGCCUCUGCAGCUCCAGCGGCUCCUGGCUCUGCUCUCUCUGCUCACACAGGUCACACACACUGCUGGUUGCCACCAGGAGCUACAGGCCGGCAUGGUCAGCUCUCAGGGAGAAGAGUGUCCUCCUCCUCCUCCAGUCUCUUGGGGUCAUGUCACAGGCUUGCAGGCAUCCUUGUUGGGACAUUUGAAAGGUUUUGUGAAGAGCCUGGAUAAUCCAGUUCAGAAAGAGAGCAGCCUGACUGUGAUUCCAGCAUACCUGGUCUAUCUAGAAGCGUACUACCACCAGCUCUCCAGACAGAACUGUUUCAAACCAGUAGAAACGCUUCAAGAGCUGGAGCUGCUGACGUCUGACGUCCUCCUCCCCCUGCUGUCCCACCACGCCAUUCAAGGCCUGAUAAAUAACCUCAAGUCUUCCUCAGUAGUGUGUAGUGUCCAGACCAGUGAUGUGGGCCCAGAGACCACUCCCAGUCUCCCUGGUUUGGCCUGCCCAGGAUGGAGGGACAGCCCAGGGUUGGUAGUUCCCAGCUCUCCCUUUCCUCUUCUCACAGGCCUGGGGCUCCUCGUGGAGACGAUCACAGGCCUCCACAAAGGCCUCAGCUGCAAGUUCUCUGGUCUCCUCCUGUCAGAACCUGUGAUUGGUUACCUGCGAAGCUGCAGUCAGGCUACGCCCACCCUGUCUCACAACAGAGCCUGGCUCCUCCGUCACGAACACCACCUCCUCUACCUGCUGCUCCGGCUGGCACACAGACUGGUUCCCAUUGAGCCACAAGUAGCCAAGCAUGCCUCACUGUACCACCAGGUGGCGCUGGUUCUGCUGCCAUGGUUGUUACCCGGCAGUGAAUAUCUGGGACAUGAACUGCUGUCCACCAUCAUCUUCAGCAAGGAUUUUAUUUCCGAGGGCCACAGCGGAGGACCUGAGGCUGUAGAGCUGGGAGAGCUGAGACUCCAAGAGGAGACGCAGCAUCAGGCCUCUCCCUCUCUGCAGACUGUCGGGGCUCUCCUGAGAGAAGCCUGCGUCCAGCUGCCCUCCAUACGAGGCUGCUUCCUCACCCAGCUGGCCCACCUGGAGUCGUCUGUGCUGACGUCCCGGGACGCUCUGCUCGGCCGCAACCCCUGGAUCAGCUCCCAUCUCCUCCCAGAGCUCACCGGUCCCACUGUGCCGUCCGAUUGGCCUUUCCUCCCGCUCGUCAGCUUGUAUGAGCGGACAGGGGUGUCUGACGGCGGAGGGUUAGCAGUGGAAGAACUCCCACAGGGGGCCCUGCAGGCCGUAACACACUGUCUGCAGUGGCUGCUGCUGCUGGAGGUCUGGAGAGAGGAAGCACUAAAGGUGAUCCUUCCUGUGGCCAAGCUCGCCCGUCUGUCCUGUGUGUUCCUGUGCUCCAGUGACUUGUUCCUGGAGAGACCGGUUCAGAAACUGACCUGGGGUCUGUUCAGACUACUGACCAGACGAACCAGGCUGGACUCUUUGGACCUGAACGUCCCUCCUCCGGGUCUAGCCUCCUUCCAGGACUUGUACGCUGCUCUUUUGACCCAGUACGAAGCUGUGUCCUUUGGAGACCGGCUCUUUGGCUGCUGGGUGCUUUUACCCCUGCAGAGGAGGUACAGCACCACCAUGAGGCUGGCCGUGUUUGGAGAACAUGUGGGGAUGCUGAGGUCACUGGGAGUCACUCUGGAACAGCUCUGCAUCCCUAUCGAGCGGUUCACCUCCCCCCCUGAGGACUCCCUCCCUCUCCUCCGUCUCUACUUCCGCUCCUUGGUUACGGGGACCCUGGCGCCCCGCUGGUGUCCCGUCUUAUAUGUGGUCGCCUUGUCUCAUGUCAACUCCUUCAUCUUCUCUCAGGACGCUGCAGCACAGGAGGUUGAAGCAGCUCGACACAGUAUGCUGAGGAAAAUCUACUACCUGACUUCUGAGGUGUUGAGAAACCACUUGCUGCUCUUCCGUCUGCCUCAACAGCACGCAGAGUUUGGCUUCAGCAUGUACGAACAGUUGCCUGCCAUGAGGGCGAAACGUUUGGAGAACGUCCUGAGAGUGCAGGACAACAGCGAUGACAAAGGAGACUGACAGCAGCAGGAAGCGGGAAAAUAAAACAGAGCGAGACAAAAAACAGACGAUCCAGAGGAGGGACGGUAUGGGACUGAGAGCAAAUGGAAGGAGAGACUAGAGGAUGAGAAAAAGACACUGAGAAAGAAAAGUGAGACAUUAAGUCCUGUUAGUAAUAGUUUCUUGUUAAGAUCGACCUUGGAACAAGAGUCACCUGAAAUGUUUCGUGGCUCGUGUCUUCUAGGACACCUGACCUGAGGUAGAUUUGGACAGCCCUUAAUGAAGAAACAAUUCCAAAUAACUAUAUUUGAACCAGCUUCCAACAUAAUAAAGGGUUCAGACGAAGACUAUGUAUCACAGACCAUCAGUGGAAAAGUUUGGGUAACUUAAAAAACAACCAGUCAAGUCAUCACAAAAAUGAAACACAAAUGCUAAAAAAUGAAGUGCAGAUGCUGCGGGGGCUGAGGUCCCUGAAAGCUGUUCUUGUAAGCAAACAGGAGGAAUUAACAAUUCCUCUUGAGACUUGUGCACUUUGCCAGUUACUCUGUCUCAUGAUCCUGAAAAACAGACCGAGGCAAUUUUUGGCUUCCCGCAGUAAAGACAAAUGUUUUGACCUUUACAAGUGCCUGAAACUGUCUUUUUGCAUUAAAAAAAACAUGAUUUCUA